AUGGUGGGACCAAGAUAUGAGGCUGGUGAAAAAUCCCCCUUAUUCGCAAAUGAAUUUGGAGCACCAGCCGAGACUGUACCUCCGUAUACAUCAAGGGGAGUAGUGGCCCUCUGUGGUAGCUAUGAGGAUUGGGAAAGGAAUACUUCUGCUAGGGGUCUUCCGUUGUUAAAAAAUAAAUAUUUAUCUGGUUCUGCUAGCAGAGAGGCUGUCUCGCUUGCAGUGACAAAUUAUGGAGAUAAUCCAACCAAGGGUUCUGACAUUGAUCCUGCUGUUAUCCAAUCCACUAUGGAGAAAAUGAUGGAUUUGGACUCUCAAACUCGAUCCACUAUGGAGAAAAUGAUGGGCUGUGCCAUUGAUCCUCUUAGUGUUGUUUGCAAAAGCAUAGCGCCGGGUGUCAUUAGAGAAGCUGUGCAGCUUGGAGUUGCAAAUUAUGGAGACAAUCCUACCAAAGUUAGCAAAUUUGUCGAUGGCUACACCCUCUUGCGAGAACAUGGCUUCUUGUCAACCUACAUUUCAAAGGCAUUGGUGAUGUGUGACAACGAUCUAGACCAAGCACUUUCCCACCUGCUUAACAGCUCAUCCUGAGGCGUUGGUUAUUUUACAUGGGUGAAAAGGGUGAUUGACUGUAAAAAGCAUUCCAGAGUUUCAGUUUUGGUUAUUUUACUUAGGUGAAUGGGUGAUUGACUGUAAAAAGCAUUCCAGAGUUUCAAUUUGGUUAUUUUACUUAGGUGAAUGGUUUUUUUUUUUUGGCUCAGAUAUGGCUGCAAAUUUUACUUGGGUGAAUGGGUAAUUGACUGUAAAAAGCAUUCCGAGUUUCAGUUUGGUUAUUUUACUUGGGUGAAUGGGUUUUUUUGGUCUCAGAUAUUGGCCUGCAGCCUUGUAAAAUGAUAAAGGAUUCCCCAAUUAAUUAGGCUUUAAGGCUUGAUUUGAUUUGAUUAUGUUAAAUGAUCAAAAACCUAGUUGGAUGCG